AUGUUUUAUGACUUGAACAUUCCUUAUCCGGUUCAACACAGUCAGAACCUCGAAAUGAGCUACGCAAGAGCGCCGGUAUAUUUAAAAGUUACUAUCGAAAGUAUUCACCUGUACAUUACCAUUCGAGACAUUUCAUUAAAUAUUCCUUUCUGUGUACUUGCAUAUGAGAAAAUAAAGCAAUAUACACGCCUAACUAUACUAAUUGAUGAUCCGGGUCAGAAUUACGGUUUGACAUCGUCGAAUUCCACGAUAUCAUCUUAUGACCUAGUUGCGGUUCAACCGACUAACAAGAAGCUCUUUCAGAUGGCAAAGGCACUUUCAAUGUGGAUAUUAUAUCACUUGAAAUGGGAAGCCGAUUACCAUUCUACAACAGUGGGAUUGGCUAUCGAUCGAGGCAUCUACUUUGAGAUUUCGUAUGCGCCUGCUAUUCGACGUAUUAUGUAUUCUGGAAGUCGAAGGCAGCUUAUCAGUAAUGCACAGAAUCUAGUAAGAAUCACUCGCGGAAGAAACAUCAUAAUCACCAGCGAUGCACAACGAGCAAUGGAACAUCGAGGACCAUAUGAUAUCAUCAAUUUGGGAACAAUAAUCAAGCCCAAGCUAAAGAUUGUAUUUCGACAAACUGCAGAGCUGUAUUAUUACACGCAAAACCGCAUGAAUUGUGGAAAGCGGGCGAUAGUUCAGGAAAGGGCAAGAAAAGGAGGCAGAAGAAGAGAAUAA